CGGUCACCCGCGGCCGAAAGACUUGUCAUAGUGCUAAUACUAUUCACUCCUUCAACUUUCCCUUUCAACCUCUUCCUGUCUUGUCUUCUCAUCAUUCCUACCUCACUUCCCUCUCCCCUCCCAUCCAAAUCUCCUCUCUCAAUCCAUCUUUGCAUUUGUUCAUCCUCAUCAUUGACCUCAAGUCGGAUAUCGUUGGUGUCAGCCACAGCUGCUGUUCUCGGCGCUGUCGCAGCUUUCUGCACCCAGCCUACAGGUGGUAAUUUCGGGCCCGAACCCACUCCUGCCUCCCAAGUGACGACUCCUUGCGGUCAGCAUUGAUUGCCACAAUUUCCCACCGCACUACCGUCGCCAGGCUACCGAAUUCGCCUCGCUUCGCCAUAACAUUUCACCCCCCGUCGCCCAGGCACCGUUGGUGGCCAAUUUGGUUUCACUUCCACCCAAGGUCCACAUACACUUGCGCGGCACGAGCACCCUCAAUUCUUCUCGACUUGUCGUGCUGUGUGCUGUAGCCUCCUUCUUUUCAAGGCUCCAGGCUAUUCUUGGUGGCUGUCUUAUCAAAAUCGCCUUUUGACCAGGUUGCUAGAACGCCUCCCGGGACCCUUUCGGCUCCAACGUUAUCACCACAAAAUAUCGUCGUCCGCGAUUUCACGCAUUCCACCAAACGCGACCUCACCGUUUCUCUUUGCUCAAGAGUCAGUGCGCUUCUAGGUGACACUGUUUGGCUUCCUUCGGACCACCGUGCCCAAGAUUCCAGACCUUGAACAGCAAACCACGACAACCAGGUUCUGCACCUGACGAGCUUUUCACUAAGUCUCGUCGACCCAUCAUUUUACUGAGGAAUUGUCUUACCUAAACAUUUCGUCUCGACCUUUUAUUCAUCACGUCACAUCGCUUCCAAAAAUCAACCGCUCUCACCAACGCCACUAAACUUGUAUACCUGUCCAACGAUCUCAACUGUCGGAACUAUUGUUUGACAGUCUCAAACCAUACACCCUAUGCUUGGGAAUUGAGAUUUGCUUUAAGAUCAGCUACAGCUCGGCUUCAGAGCCUCUGGCCUGAGCCGCUGACAGCGGAAGCAGAGAGCUGUGUGCUGUCUGCUCUGUCCACCUCCGACCAAACAUGCCUUCUUACCACAGCUGGGGCCCAAAUGGCCAACAUUCUCGACUUCCUCUGACCCCGCCAGAAUAUGCACCCUACCUCACUCCCAUGAGCGCUACAUCUGACCAAGGGUAUUAUCAAUCUCAGAAUUACAACCCCCGGCGAUCUUUGUCGACACGCGAGUACAAUGACAGAUAUCAUCAGCCAACCGGGUAUGCUGCCCAGCAGCCGUUGACAUCCCACAUGUCAAGAUAUGGCCAAGGUCGUCUAUCUCAAGAAUAUCCAUACAAUCGACCAUACUCUGCUACAACUCAAUACCAGUUCGGCGCUGUCACUGCCCCCAUUCUACCGCCCAUCCGUGUCAACGAGCCUAUGGAUUUCACCAACCAAUUCUCCGCGCCUCUCGUUGAUCCCAAACCAAAGGAAGAGAAGCCAACCGGUGGAGUUGCUCAGCAUCUAGAUUACGACAUGGACCUGAUGUCUAGCUUUGUUGCCGAGAUGUCACAGAAACUCGUCUCGCCAGAAACUGUUCCCACUCCUCAGUUUCGGAAGUACGUAUCGCAGAUACUGUCAUCUACUCGCCUCCCUAGCUCGACCAUAAUGUUGGGCUUGUUCUACCUGGCCUCCAGGAUGAAGCAGCUCAAUGAAAGUGGACAAGCGAGUCCAUCGUCUGGGACCGUCUACCGGAUGUUGACCACCGCUCUGCUACUGGGCAGCAAGUUCCUCGACGACAACACCUUCCAGAACCGAUCGUGGGCCGAAGUGAGCAGCAUUCCUGUACAUGAGCUCAACUCAAUGGAAUUGAUUUGGCUUACUGCAUUCGACUGGGAGAUUCACGGCAUGAUGUACGACGAAGAGGAAGGCUUCUUCAUGUGGAUUGAGCACUGGCGUGCAUAUGAAGACAAGGCCAAGGCCAAACUUGCUAAGGUCAAGGAAAUGCACAAAUUGGCUCCUAUCGAGACCAGUGUCCGACGCAGCCAUUCCGUCACUCAUCAACCACUGAUGAUGUCCCCCGAAGGACCUAUUCCUCCCCAGUACCAACAAGGCUCUCAAUACGAUACUCGCUGGGUCAGGCCUUAUAUUUCAGAGUACUCGCCCGAAUCUGCGCCACACAGCGGGCCCUCGACCCCAGACUACUACCCUCCAUCGUGGUCUUUGAACGCCUCGGGUCCAGUAUAUGGUCGGCAACCGUUCCAGUCAAACACGCCGUCAGCGUACUCGACUCAGCGUACCCAUGUUCCAACAUAUACCCCGAGUUACCACUACCCCAACAGUCUCACACCCACGUCCUGGAUGACACAUGGACCGAACUGCAAUUGUUCCCUGCAUGCUAAACAGGAUUACUACUUCAGCCACACCGGCUAUCCCAUGCAGACCGUUGUGGGUUGAGCGUUCUUAACGUUCCAGCGUUUCAGCGACUUUUAAAAUCAGCCCAAAAGUUACUGAGUGGCGUCUUAUUUUUCAAUGGUGUCCUUGACCAUUACGAAGCACUUGAUGUGCACUACCAGCAGACAUUGAACGUGACAUUGUGCCUGGCUCCAGAUCCAGGCUGUCACCAGCACAUGAAAACGACUAGGAGCUUGUCUAAUGGCGGUAUUAUCUUUACGACUUUUUAUGAUGUGCACUUUUCAGUCUCUCGCUUUUCAGCAUUUACACAGCGAUAAACCUUUUCCAUGAUAGAGUGGUUUCUCUUUCAUCACAUUAUUCACGAUGGGUGGCUGGCGCGGUCACGGAGCGGUCACCGGAGGGAAAAGUCCGAAAAAAGUUUUGCGACAGCAGAAAAUUUCAGUCGGUUGGAGUUAGGGCAAUGGCAGUCGGUCAGGUCAGGUUACGGAUUUUCGCAACAUCUUGGUUUCUUCCACACUUUGCUUUGCUUUACGGACCUUGCUUUCGCUGGAUGUUGGCAAUGAUGGCGGGUGGGGCUUUUCAUUGUCAGCGUUUAUGCAGCGGUGACGCAGCCCAUGCGGCUUCUCCUGUCAAGCAACGGUCGUGUUUUCCAAUUCUGUAAUUAACUAUUCUAUGAUGAACGUGGUGGUGGCGACGAAGUCAGACGGUGGCAGUGGCGCGGGUAUCUUGGCUGAUCGGGCAGAAGUGUCAUGAUACAGAUCAAGAUUGGAGCAGGCGACUGAUUGCAGUCUGGAUUCACGUCUUUUCUUUGUUGCAGACCUUGACUGAGGAUGGACGAGGUUAAUGAUUCGGAUGGGAUCCUUAUACCCCUGAUAGAUCUAGCGAUGCUUCACCUUCGCUGUGUCUCUUUUAGAGCAAUACUAACAAAAGACCACAAUA